AGCCGCGCCAUCUGGUGCUAGAAUAGACACCAUGCAUACCAGGAUUUAAUACCUCGAGCUCGGAAUGUGCUUUCGACAGACCACACAUGGCCCCGACCGAACAGAAAGCUCUAUUUCUCCUCGCCAAGGGCGGCGACUUCUCCGUUCAAACCACCUCAGUGCCUACUGUCGGCCCCGGCAAGGUCCUAGCUAGGAUCGAGUCUGCCGCCUUGAACCCGGUCGACUACAAGAUCAAGGAUUGGGCAUUGCCCUUCAUCUCAUAUCCUGGAAUCCUCGGCACUGACGGAGCUGGCGUGGUGGUGGAAGUCGGUGAGGGUGUUACAAACCUCAAGAAGGGAGACAAGAUCUUGUGGCAGGGCUCGUUCACGAACGACGGGGCGACCUUUCAACAAUAUGGCACAUUGAGGGCUGACCUUGCCGCCAAGAUACCGAACAACAUCAGCCUCGAUGAAGCUGCCUCUCUCCCCGUUACGCUCGCUACUGCAUUUCUUGGAUUGUAUCAGGCGGGCAAGGACGGGCAGGGCGGUGGUGCGGCUCUCGCUCCCUUUUACACCUCCCCCAACGCCUACGCUGGUCAACCUUUCGUUCUCUUAGGAGGUGCCACCUCUGUCGGCCAAUACGCCAUACAACUCGCCCGUUUGUCGGGCUUCUCCCCCAUCAUUACGACGGCCUCCGUGAAGCACGCGGACUACCUCAAAUCUUUGGGCGCUACCCAUGUCUUAUCUCGCGACCUGCCCGCGGACGCCAUCAGCACUGAGAUUAGCAAAAUCACCUCGCAGCCCAUCAAAUACGUGUAUGAUACUGUCAGCCUCGCAGACACGCAGAAGACCGGUUGGUCCCUGCUUGCGUCCGGCGGUACGCUUAUCAUUACGCUGCCGGUUGCUGAGGGCAUCGUCCGGGGGCAGGACGGCAAGUCGGUUGCGCACGUGGGAGGUAACGUCAACUCCCCUGGCCAGGACGUACUCGGCCGCGAGCUUUACGCGCGUCUGACCCAGCUCCUGGAGAGCGGCUCGAUCAAGCCUAAUUAUGUGCAGGUUGUGCCUAACGGUCUGGCGGGGAUCCCCGAUGGGUUGGACCUGUUGCGUAAGGGAAAGGUUAGCGGCACCAAACUGGUUGCGCAUCCCCAAGAAACCACAUGAGCAUCGGUCUCAUUCCUUCUCAAUGCCUGCUCUCGCAUUUGCUCUCGCCUCGAGGACGUAUACCGGGAUAUGUAUACUAAGCUUGCAACGCCAACGUGAGUAGCGUACAAGCCGCUGUAAACAUUUUUACCAUCUUUGUUAUCCAUGCCCUAAAAGAAGGGGUUAUAUCAG